AUGACAAGGUGGAAGGCAGGCUUAGGCACUACUUAUCCGGCUACUUCGUCGGAUGCCUACGGAUAUCUGACUGGAGAAAUACAAAAUUUGCGGGACACUCAACUCGAUCAAGUAAUAAGACUCCGAUACACUCCAUACACAAACUGUAGAUGA